CUUACCGCAUCGUUGGGAUAUCCUGGCAUGAUAGCUCUUUGGGACGCUGCUUCCGGUUUGCCCCGUGUCAAGAUUAAGCCUGGGGACGAGGCGUCUGAUGUGCCCUGGUCUGUUUCCUUUGAACGCACCUUCAUAUGGAGUGGCGUCUUGGGAUAUUUGCCUCACUGCUUUGGCGGCCAGUCGUCGUCGCUGAUGUUCUCACAAGACAGCCGCUACCUGCUCAUGCCGAAUAUAUCCCAAACCGGAAACCGUCAUUCCGCUCAUCUCUUGGACAUUGCGACAGGCAAGCUCGUUCGCGAGUUUGUCGGACAUGGGGAUAGAGUGCGCUCCGUCGCCUUCUCGGUGGACGGCAGACGUAUCGCAACGGGCUCCGACGAUAGGACUGUCGUCGUUUGGGAUGUUGCUACCGGAGCAUCUCUGGCGACGUGUAGGGGCCAUGAGGACCUGGUUUACGCCGUCGCCUUCUCUCCCAGCGGAGAACGUGUUGCGUCCGGAGAUGGUGAUGGUCUCAUUCUGGUGCGGAAUGCAGAGGGAGGGGAACCGAUCCAGGAGCUCAAGCUCGAGUGGCAUGCCAACCCGGUCUGGUCGAUCACCUUUACUCCCGCUGGGGACGUUAUCAUUUCCUCCUCGCGGGACAACGCCCUGCGAUUCUGGGACGCCAAAUCCGGCGCUUGUCUCCUCGAUCUCGACCCAAAUACCUGCUACCGCACUCUUCACCUGUCCCCCGACGGCUCCGGAGUCUUACUAGUAGUCAACGACGAAGAGCGACUUGUUCGGCUGUGGGCCCCCGUCGACGUAAACGCGCAGGUGACGACGCUGCUCCCAUGGCUUCCGCGUCGCACCUGGCCUAUGUACUACAUCGAGGACGGUUGGAUCUUUUCUUUGACGCCGUCCCGGCGGACGCGGUUGUGUUGGGUUCCGCCGGACUGGCAGGGCUUCGCCGGAUACUUUGGGCACGAUGUGGUGUUCGGGAACGGGUAUAAACUAAAUUUCGCGGCGUUGAGUAGGUAUCUAGAGAGCUUGCGCGAUAAUCGUACAUAAUACUGUAUUCGGGACGUUGUACAUCUUCGUGCACUGGCAGAGCCUGAGCAUGCUUUCGGUAGUACAGGGAUAUGUUGUCUGUAAAUAAAAUGCGUAGUAUCUAUCAAUGUAGGACGCGGCACGACAUGAAUACCGCGGCAUUAGUCUAUCUAAUCUAUGAAGGCGAAGGCAGUCGUGGCGCAGACGUCAAAGUCGUGAAACAGCGUGUGCUUGCCAUGUCAGCAGACAUCAAGGCCUGACCGCAACCGACGCCAAAGCGAUACUACCGAAACCCUGAACCGACGCCCCGCGCGAACCCGCUGCCGUUCGUCUUAAGCCUCCCGGGCACAAGUGACCAGCAAUCGGCCUUGCCCUUGCCGACGGCGUUCAACUUUGUCGUCAUCAGUUGUCGUGCAAGGCGCGACCGCAGGAAGUGAGAGCUGUUCCCGCCGCCAUGCGCUGUCCUCUCUGAGCUGUGCCAGUCGUAGCAGAAAUCGGCAUCGGCAGCAGACUGCUCGGCGCUGAGAGACCCUCUGGCGCGCUCACUGUGCUGGCUGUGCGCCGGUCAGGCGCCUCCGCGUUCUACUCCUCUUCCCCGGGAUCGCCGAGCGCGCAAGACAGCUCGGCGCAGCUGUGGCCAGAACGGACUCGUGUUAGCUGGUAGAAAUGCCUUGGCGGGGGAAGGGGCGGGAGAUGUUCGGGUACUGGAGGUGAGUGAGGAUCGGCCUCGGAGCAUCGUUGUCUCAU